AUGGGGGAGGAGGAGAAAAAACCAGAGGAAAAGAAAGAGGAGGAAAAAAAGCCCGAGGAAGCCAAGAAAGAAGAACCAAAAGCCGAAAAGCCAAAAGAUGCCCCAAAAGAAGAGAAAAAAGGAGAAGAAUCCAAGGAGUCAAAGGAAUCCAAAGUCCCACCACCACCUCCAGAGAUUGUCUUGAGAGUCUUCAUGCAUUGCGAAGGUUGCGCCAGAAAAGUUCGUCGAUGCCUCAAAGGCUUCGAAGAUAUAUGUGAUUUGUUAGAAUAG